CCAACAGAAGUAGAAAAGUCUUCCAUAAAAAUGAACCGAGUGCAGGAUCGAGAGAGAGAGAGAGAGAGAGAGAUGGGAAUGACGCCAUGGUUGGAAGAUUUGGUACCAUUUGCGGCCAUGGUGAUGGUGGAAUGCCUGGAUGUUGGGUUAACCACACUGAGCAAAGCAGCCAUGACUAAAGGAAUGAAUCACUAUGUCUUUGUUGUCUACUCAAAUGCACUUGCCACCAUCAUCUUCCUCCCCUUGUUCAUCUUCCAAAGAAAGAAGACACCACCACCACUCAGUUUCUCUCUUCUCUCUAAAUUCUUCCUCCUUAGCUUUGCUGGGAUAACUCUCUUGCAAAAUUGUGUAUUUGCUGGUGUAAGCUACAGCUCCCCAACACUUGGAUCAGCUAUGAGUAACCUGGCUCCGGCCUUCACAUUCAUCCUUGCUGUUUUCUUCAGAAUGGAAAAGUUGGACUUGAGAUGCUCAAAAGGCCAGAUCAAAGUCAUGGGCACUCUGGUUUCAAUCUCUGGAGCACUGGUCAUCAUCAUAUACAAAGGCCCAGCAAUUCUGGCUUUAUUGUCUCAUUCUGGACAAAAUACUUCUUAUCCAUUAAACCCAUCUUCUGCCCCCAAGAUUUUGAGAGCAACUAGUAAUUGGAUUGAAGGAAGCCUUUUCCUUGUAGUUGCUAGUUUAUCUUUUUCCAUAUGGAAUAUUGGUCAGGCAGCAAUUCUUGAAAGGUACCCAUCAAAGAUAACCAUUCUCUUCUAUUAUUACUUCUUUGGAACCAUUCAGUGUGCAUUACUUACUUUAAUUGUGGGAGAAGAUUCAAGUAUCUGGGCACUAACACCUGAUAUUGAGCUCAUCUCUGUUCUCUAUUCAGGUAUCUGUGGAAGUGCGGUGGUCUUUUCUGUGCUAACAUGGUGCAUAAAAAUGAAAGGCCCUGUAUUUGCUGCCAUGUUCAAGCCUUUGGGGAUUGCUAUUGCCGCCUUCCUGGGAGCCAUUUUUCUCGGCGACACAUUUUACACCGGAAGCGUUAUUGGAGCUAUUUUAAUCGUUAUAGGCUUCUAUGGAGUAAUAUGGGCGCAGUCAGUAGAGGGAAAGGCAGAGAACCAUGGAGUUGCUAAUGGGUUGCAACAAGCCUCACCGCAGACCCCUCUUUUAGAAAGCCAAACACAUGUUUGAACAUUGAAACCUAGAGCAUUGUAUUAUUCAAUCCUUUCUUAAACCAUUAUAACUGCUUUAUUUAUUAUAAAUGAACCAACCAGCUGCAAUUAAUGUAUUUGCUGAGAUAAAACCCGAAGAUGUCAAGAGAUGUUUAGGAACUAUUAAGGAAAAUCUAACAUUACUUCAAAGCUAGAGUUAUUGUUGAUUUUGUCUAAACCAUGAAUACGGAAUAAGAAUGGUUGAUGCUUUUUAUUA